GGCGCAGUUCCUAGCCCCAGCGUUGUAGUGCAGCCGGAUCAAAGGCGGGUGACAAGAGAAAUGGGGUGGGGCGGGGGCGUGGUAUGCCCAACUGUGGACGGAUCGCACCCCGGGCCACCAUUGGCGCGGAUGGCUCAGCCCAAGAACCGGGGGUACGGCGCAGCGCGGCUAAAUGCGGGAGCAGGCCAGGAGCCGCUGCCAUGGCUGUAGGCAAUAUCAAUGAGCUGCCGGAGAACAUUCUCCUGGAGCUCUUCACCCACGUCCCCGCCCGCCAGCUGCUGCUGCGCUGCCGACCUGUCUGCAGCCUCUGGCGAGACCUCAUUGACCUGGUGACCCUCUGGAAGCGCAAGUGCCUUCGAGAGGGCUUCAUCACCGAGGACUGGGACCAGCCUGUGGCUGACUGGAAGAUCUUCUACUUCCUGCGAAGCCUCCGAAGGAACCUCCUUCACAACCCGUGUGCAGAAGAGGGAUUUGAGUUCUGGAGCCUGGACGUGAACGGAGGAGACGAAUGGAAGGUGGAAGAUCUCUCCAAAGACCAGCGGAAGGAAUUCCCCAAUGACCAGGUCAAGAAAUACUUCGUGACUUCCUAUUACACCUGCCUCAAGUCCCAGGUGGUGGACCUCAAGGCUGAAGGGUAUUGGGAGGAGCUGAUGGACACCACCCGACCGGACAUCGAGGUCAAAGACUGGUUCGCAGCCAGGCCAGACUGCGGGUCCAAGUACCAACUGUGCGUUCAGCUUCUGUCAUCGGCGCACGCACCACUGGGGACCUUCCAGCCAGACCCGGUGACGAUCCAGCAGAAGAGCGACGCCAAGUGGAGGGAGGUUUCACACACAUUCUCCAACUAUCCUCCCGGCGUCCGCUACAUCUGGUUUCAACACGGAGGCGUGGACACUCAUUACUGGGCCGGCUGGUACGGCCCGAGAGUCACCAACAGCAGCAUCGUCAUCGGGCCCCCUCUACCCUGAUGGCCUCUGAGCCCCAAUCCUCUGAACCCUAAUUGGUAAACAGCUAUCAGAAAGGGCCAGGCUUGGGAAGGGGGAGGGUAGAAGCCAGGCACUCCCAGAUUGGUCUUGGUCCCCUAGCUGCCUCUGUAAAGCUUCUAGAGUCUGGGACGCACUCCUCUCUCCAGAAGUCAGUGCUCCAGCAAGGUGAUCCUUCUAAGGGGUGCAGUACCCGAGAUUAGGUGGAUAUAAGAGUUUCCGUAGUUACAAAAGAGAGAUCCCCAAGCUCGGAUGCUUGCCCAGAUCUGUCUGUACCUUCGACCUUGUACUCCUUCUGGGACAGGCAAGCUAUCAGACAGGUUUGAGGACUGUCUGUGAUGAGGCAGACACUGGGGGACAGUCUGGGGUGGAAGCUUUCUCUGCUAGCUAGACUUCAGCCUGGCUGUCAGCUGUGGCUUUUGCCCUGGGUGUCCUCCUGGGUGUCCUCCUUGCAUUGCCUUGGAAGUCAGGACUGGUAUCCGAUAGGCGGGGAGGAUCAGACUGUCCUUGUCGUCAGCAAAUCCCAGAAAGCCAGGUGGGCGCCAAUGAAUCUGGGCCCCCAAGAGGACCCAGAGGAAUCCCAGUCAGGAUGGGGGCGGGGUAGACCCGGAUUUUGAGGGCUGGAAUGGGGAAACAGAGCAGAAGGACCUGGUCAAGUUCUCUAUGGCUUGGAGAUGUCCAAGCCUCAACUGUUGGAGCUUCCAUUCCCACACUGUCCCCUGACCCCAGCUCUGCUCCAUCCCUCCUACCACACAGCCAAAUAAAACGUUUCCCAGCC